ACUAGUAAAAUGACGUUGUUUUAAACUGCAUUUGAUUUCGUAAAUUCACAAAUUGCCUUUUGUUUCACACUUUAGUAAGCCGCCAUUUUGAAAUUAGUAUCAUUACGUCAUUUCAUCUAUAAGCUGUCGUUGAUUGGCUAUGAGCACGCUUACAAAUUUCCGGUACGCGCACGAUGGCAAUAUAUCUGCUUCGCAGAUACAAAAAUUCUGUCUUGCCAUCAUUCAGUUUGAGCUUAUCAACUAUCAUCCAAGUCCUGAUAUCCUUGAUACAAUUCAAAUACAAAUCAAUGGGAUUGCUCCGUACUUUUUGAUGCAAUUCUGUACUCCAACUCGAUCGGUAAAUCAGGCCUGAAUCCAACCAUUAAGACUGAAGUGGACAAUAUUCGAAAUAUGCGAAAUAAUAUUAUGCAUGCUGGUGAGACAACCCUAUCUGAUACUGACUUCCAAACCAUGAUCAGUGAGGUUGAAAAUACAUUUAUAGCACUCGGUCUUCCAGUUAAUGAUAUCACUCAAAUGAAAAUUAAGAGAAACCUUUACAAAUCAUUUCAAGUUUUACCUUCAAAGUUGUUUACCCACGAAGUUGUUUACCGUGGUGAGAAGGUCGACGAAAUACAAACUAACAUAUUUAUAUAUUUCUGGAAUUCCCGGAAGUGGAAAAUCGCAGCUAUCCCGGCAACUGUGCGAGGAUUUGUUCAAAGGUGUAAAUUUGGAAACAGAGACAACAUUUGUAAUGACAUUGAAUGCAAAAGAUUUAGAUACUCUUCUUGACGGGUACGAAGAUUUUUGUCCACGUCUAAAUUGUUCUGAAAAUGUAUUGAUAAAUGUAAUGAAUUCAUGCAAACCAAAAGAUGGAAAGAUCAAAGACUUACGAUCAUUGAUUGAAAACAGAAUCAAGAAUUGGAAAAGGUGGUGGAUUAUAGUAGACAACGUAGACAAUUUCGAGGACAUUUCACCCCUAAUACCUCAAAUGUGUGACGAAGUUUGGAAUAAUGGUCAAAUUAUAUUAACAAUACAGAAUACAACUGCAGUUCCUUCUGACAGUGCUUUUACUAAACACAUUUCACUCAGUCGUGGUAUGAAGAACGAAGAAUGUCGUCAGUUACUUCUCUUAUUGUCGGGAUCUGAUUCUAAUUAUACGCUAUUAGAUGAAUUUGCUGAGAAGUUAGAUUAUCAACCUUUGGCUAUGGCUGCUGCAGCUGUAUAUUUCAAAAAAGUAAUCGACGCAAUGUGUGGUCCAAAAUUUUCCUGGCAUGAUUAUUUAGAGAAGUUAAAAGGUAAAAGAGAAGUCACAGAAGAACAGCUUCUCAAAAUUAGUUCAACCUAUCCACCAAGCAUGUCGGCGGCGGUGUCCCUAGCUGUUGAAAAGUCUGCGGAAAAUAGUUUCAUUCUAAAGCACACAUGCUAUCUUUUUUCUCUGAUAUCCUUUGAACCAUUACCAGUUGAUAUUAUUGUCGAAUACAUUCAGCAGCUUGAUCAAAACUGUGAAAAAGAGGAUAUAUAUUUGGCGUUGAAAGAUUGUUCCCUUUUUCUUUAACAGAAGAUUGUGAUGUUCGUCUACAUCGUGUUGUCCACGAAGCAAUUAAAUCAUAUAGUGAUUGCAAAGAAACUCAAACUAAAGACUACUCUUGCAGCACCACUUCUAAUAUUAACAUUCCAAGUAGAGUUCAAAAUGUUGUCAGAACCUUUUAUUCUUUCUCACCCAGGGAUGAUAAAAUCAAGAUGAUUCCACACUUGAAGGCAUUUAAUGAAGCAGUUGAAAAACUAUUUCCACAAAAAACUCAUUAUAUUCAAUUAGCUUAGGCUUCAAAAAACGUGAAAUUUAUGAAAUAUAUCUGCUUUUUGGGCAAAUUUUAGAAUACUACUCUGAGUUGAAACUCGCUGUCGUAUUUCAUAACGCAAAUCUUCAGAUAUCGAGAGGUUCAGAACAGCAAACUUACGAGCGUUAUAUAUUUCCCAACCUCGGCACUUUAUACAGCAAAUUGGGCGAUUUCGAACAGGCUUUACAUUAUCAUCGACGAGCACUGGAAAUUGAAGAGAAGCAACUGGGUCCAAACCAUUUUGAUGUUGCAGCUUCUUAUAACAACAUUGGUGUGGUGUGUCGUGAUAAAGGUGACCUGGACCAAGCUAAAGAUUAUUAUCAACGAGCACUGGAAAUUCAACGAAAACAACUAGAUCCAAACCAUGCUGAUGUUGCAGCUUCUUAUAACAACAUUGGUUUGGUGUGUCGUGAUAAAGGUGAGCUCGACCAAUCUAAAGAUUAUCAUCAACGAGCACUGGAAAUUAGACAAAAACAACUAGGCCGAAACCAUGUUGAUGUUGCAGCUUCUUAUAACAACAUUGGUAUGGUGUGUCGUGAUAAAGGUGACCUGGAUCAGGCUAAAGAUUAUCAUCAACGAGCACUGGAAAUUCAACAAAAACAACUAGGUCCUAACCAUGUUCAUGUCGCAGCUUCCCAUGACAACAGUGGUAUGGUGUGUCGUGAUAAAGGUGACCUGGACCAAGCUAAAGAUUAUUAUCAACGAGCAUUGGAAAUUCGACAAAAACAACUAGGGCCGAACCAUGUUGAUGUUGCAGCUUCUUACAAUAACAUUGGUACGGUGUGUCGUCAUAAAGGUUACCCAGACCAAGCUAAAGAUUAUUAUCAACGAGCACUGGAAAUUCAACAAAAACAACUAGGUCCAAAUCAUGUUGAUGUGGCAGCUUCUUAUAACAACAUUGGUAUGGUUUGUCGUCAUAAAGGUGAUCUGGAUCAAGCUAAAGAUUAUUGUCAACGAGCGCUGGAAAUUCAACAAAAACAACUAGGUCCAAACCAUGUUAAUGUUGCAACUUCUUAUAACAACAUUGGUACUGUGUGUCGUGAUAAAGGUGACCUGGACCAAGCAAAAUACUACCAUCAACGAUCACUGGAAAUUCGACAAAAACAACUAGGUCUAACCCAUGUCGAUGUUGCAGCUUCUGAUAACAGCAUUAGUAUAGUGUGUCGUGAUAAAGGUGACCUGGGCCAAGCUAAAGAUCAUUAA